AUGGCGACUCUAGCGCGGUCCCCCUUCACCAAUGAAGAAUACACAGUUGGAUGGAUCUGCGCUCUGGCGGUCGAGCUAGCGGCUGCAAAGGGUAUGAUGGAUGAGGUACAUGGGGAGCCACAAACUCCACCAGCUGAGGCGGACAACAACUCGUACAUCUUGGGAUCCAUGGGAAGGUUCAAGGUCGUCGCGGCCCGUCUACCUAUACACCAACUCGGUUCCUCCUCCGCAACAGCAGUUGCCAAAGAGAUGCUCUUUACGUUUCCGAGAAUUCGUGUCGGACUGCUUGUUGGUAUUGGCGCAGGUAUACCCGACUACGACAAUGAUGUCGAUAUCCGCCUGGGGGACGUCGUCAUAAGCAGCAGCCCCCAAACUGGAGGAGUCGUUGUCUAUGACUUUGGAAAAGCACUUGCAGAUGGGUCCUUCGAGAGCCUUUCUGUAUUGAACAGCCCUCCAAGGUCCUUGGGCUCUGCCCUUGGAAAGCUCCAAACGGAGCACCUGAUGCAAGAGAACAAGAUAGCGUACUAUAUCGAGCAAAAGCUGGAGAGAUUUCCGCUUAUGCGCAGCAAGGGAUACUCUCAUCCUGGUCAUUCGGCUGAUCGCUUGUUUCAACCCAGCUAUCUCCAUGCUGCCGGCAAAUCCUGCGCCAAAUGUGAACCGUCAGCAGAGAUUAGCCGCGAACCACGACUGGACGACAGCCCAGUGAUCCAUUAUGGAACCAUCGCGUCCGGUAAUAUGGUCAUCAAAGACGCGAUUAAACGAGACUUGAUUCGGGACAGACAUGGUGCGAUAUGCCUAGAGAUGGAGGCAGCAGGUUUGAUGAAUAAUUUUCCUUGUGUUGUCAUCCGUGGGAUCUCAGAUUACGCCGAUUCCCAUAAGAAUGACCGCUGGCCGCCAUUUGCCGCUGCUACAGCCGCUGCUUGCGCGAAAGAGUUUCUGGAACAUGUACAGCCCAAGGCUAUUGAGGCCGAACCUGCAGUUAAAGAUAUCCUGUAUCAAGUCCAUGACGAUGUCGCAGAAAUCAAGAAAUUUGUCAUGACCGAACAUUCUCAACGUAUUCUCGACUGGAUCACUGAGUUAGACUUUGACCGUCAACAUAACGACAACCUAAAGUCAAUGUUAGAAGGAACAGGUCUCUGGCUUCUAGAAUCGGAGGAAUUCGAUCAGUGGAUCAGCCAACCUCAACAAACACUGUUCUGCCCCGGAAUCCCAGGAGCUGGGAAGACAAUCAUGUCCUCAAUUGUAGUAGAACACCUAAGAACAAAGUUCUUGGGUGACCCAGAGGUGCAGGUUGCGUGCAUGUUUUGCAGUUAUCAAUCAAGCUUCCGGCAGACUACACUCGAUUUCUUACGAAGUCUUCUCAGACAACUUGCAACCAAAGGCUCAACCAUCCUGCCGAACAUUGAACAGAUAUACAAAAGUCACAGCGGCAAUAAAACACGCCCGAGUGCCAAGGAGUUUCAGUCCGAGCUAUCACGAACCGCGCAGUCAUUCCGGAGCAUCUUCGUUGUGAUCGAUGCCUUGGAUGAGUACUGUUCUUCAAACCCAGAAGAGUUGCAAGACUUACUUUCAGCCUUAUUCACCUUUCAGAAAGAGGGACCGGUAAAUAUUCUCGCAACUUCUCGUCCAAACUCAGAGAUUAUGUCACAGUUCGAGGGAUGCAUCCAAAGGGAAAUCCGGGCGCAAGACGACGAUAUCUUAAGAUAUGUAAACACAACGCUGCCUACCUUACUUCGGUCAAAGAUCUCGCUGUAUCCCAAUGUUCAAGAUGACGUUCGUCGUGAGGUUGUGAAGAGCGCAGAUGGGAUGUUCCUACUUGCCACAUUACACAUGGACCACUUGAAGGGAUAUCUUACUGUGGGUGACCUCGAAGAAGCUCUCAAUCACUUGCCCCGUGGGAGGACCGGACUCGGGAAAGCAUAUGAUCACGCAAUCGAUAGAAUUAAAUCUCAAUCGGAACCGUGCUGCCAAAUGGCAAUGAGGGUUCUGUCUUGGUUGACUUACUGCAAGCGAGCACUCUUUGCCGAGGAGCUUCAACAUGCGCUUGGGACUCGGUCUGGCCAAACAACUUUGAACCGCAAGUUCUUGCCGGAUAUUGACAUUAUUGAUUCAGUCUGCUCGGGCUUGGUUGUUUUCGAUCGAAAUACCGGACUAAUUCGCUUGGUUCACUACACAACGAAAGAGUAUCUCUUGGGGCACCCUUCCUUUCGCAAUUCAGAAGCAGAAAUUGCCCAGACAUCCAUCACAUAUCUUUCCUUCGUGGCUUUCUCCAGUGGACGCUGUACAAGCCGUAUUGCUUAUGACCACCGGCAAGAACUUUACCCUCUUCAUCAUUACUGCGCGAAGUAUUGGGCGGCACAUGCCUCAGCGGCUCUGGAUACAUCGAAAGAAUUAAUGACGCCUAUCCUUGCAUUUUUAGAGAAGGAAUCAAAUGUCCAUGCGGCUUGUCAAGCCAUGAUGACCCAUUCUCUCCUAGGUGAUAGACCGGGUUGGGCAGAUUGGGUUGAAUUUUUCCCGCAUCGAUUGACGGAGUAUCGGUUGACAAAGGUACAUCUCGCAGCUCAUGGUGGUUUAAGAAGCAUCAUUGCCGAGUAUAUACGUCAAAAUCAGGACGUGGACAUUCGAGAUUCCAAAGGCAGAACGCCGCUUGCCUAUGCUACUAAAGCCGGCCAUCUUGACACUACCAGAGUCCUUCUCGAAUCAAAGAGUGUCAAUCCUAACUCGGAGGAUGUGGACGGCCGAACACCUCUAUUACACGCAGCUUCUGGGGGAUGUAAAGACGUGGUCCAGCUUCUCAUCCAAUACGGGGCAUGGCGAAAUCCUACGGAUAAAUUUGGUUACAAUCCGUUAUGUGCUGCUGCUUGGUCUGUGGAUAUUGAGACAAUGCGACUUCUACUUGAUCACGGUGCUCAAAUCAAUCAACAGUGCCCGUCUGAUUGUGAAGACGAUGGUACUCCUCUAAUGAACGCCCGGUGUUCAGGAAAUAAGGAAGCUGUCUUAUUUCUCCUGGAAAGGGGAGCGGAUCCCGACUUCCCUAAUAAAGGCGGGGAGACGAUUCUAUCAGCAGCAGCACGCAACAAUGAUGAAAAGCUAGUAAAGCUACUUCUUGAAAGAGGAGUCCACGUUGACCCCAAAGGCAAAUUAGGCGCCACUCCCCUUGCAUACGCGGUUGAGAGAGGGUUUCUCGGGAUAACAAAGCAGCUUAUCAAGGCUGGCGCUGAUGUCAAUAUGCGGAAUUAUCAUGGGCAGAGCGUCCUCAUGAGGGUAUGCCAAUCCGGCCACUCGGACAAAGGCCACGAGGUAAUCGGCUACGAGUUCCUCCACGGCGCUAAUCCCAACAUACAGGACAUUUGGAUUAUCGCACAACUUUUGCUUCAACAUGGUGCUGACCCAAACACUACAGAGAGUGACCAAACACCGCUUUUUUUCGCUGUGGUGGGGGGACAUGAUAGCAUCGUCAAGCUACUGCUUGAUUACGGUGCCAGACCAGACCACCAAGACGAAUUGGGACAAAGACCCAUCUUAUGGGCGGCUAGACAAAGAUUUGAGGCGAUUGUGAAAAUGCUUAUUGACCAGGGUGCAAAUGUGAAUUGUUCCGACGAUUCAAAUCAAUCACCGCUGCUUUGGGCUCUUGGACAAGGCACGAUGGAGGUUAAGGAAAAGAUUGGAAGAGGGAGAAGACGUAGGGUGCGGCGUGCUGGUCCAGUUGGCGACAUAGAGGCAGUGGUGAGAUUGUUGCUUCAUAAUGGCGCAGAUCCAAACACCACUGAUAACAAGGGGCGAGGACCUAUAGCCUUGUCGGCGGAAUGCCAUUAUGUCUCAAAAUCCCUUGUGAAGCUGCUUCUGAAGGCAGGAAGUGAUCCUAAUAAAAAGGAUAUGUAUGGCCGCACGCCCUUAAUGGCCGCCACAGUCCGCGGAGAGGGAAAUAUUGUGGCAGCACUACUCGAGGCUCCAGAUAUUGACCGAGAUGCAACUGAUGUGUUUGGCCGUACAGCACUCAUGGAAGCCACUGCAAGAAACCAACGCCGCAUUACAAAGCUUUUAUCACAAGACCACGGGGACGAUCUCGCCUGGGAUUCUUUCAAUGCUAGUGAUAAAUUUGGGCUUCGUGGCGACGUAAACUGUGAUAUAUGUGGAGCCUCAACUUUCCGCGAAUCUGCGUACAUGAUAAGCGACGGUGAGGAUUCUGAUAUCUGUUUUGAUAUCUGCGAGCAGUGCAGGAGAUUUGGCGCAACAUGCUUGGAUGACACACGCCGGUUGGCAAAACGACAGAAAAGAUGA